CACUCUCUUCCCACCACGCAUCCGCGUCUCCCACAAAGGGGCCUUCUCCCCAACAUCACGCCUUUGUUCCCAUCCCCCAUCGCCCAUCCAAGGAAUCCAAUCUCAUUCCCUCUUCGCCCUCGGCUCAACUGCCCCUGCCUUCUCUUCCGAGCCCUUAUCGCCUCACACUGCCAGUAAGACGCAUUAUGCGCAUCUGUCUCUUCCUCUCCAGUGCCAUUGCCCUUGUGGCCCUGGCUACAACCUUCCCCUCCACUGCUGCUGGCACCGCUGUUGCCUCUUACGCGUACCCUAACGAUGAGCAUGACAUCACCGGCUUCUUUACCCUUGUCGACCGCCUCAUAAUGGCCGAUGGCACCCGCCGCUGCACUAUCCUCGACCGGGGUGAAACUCAGGCCUUCAGGAACCUGUAUCCCGUCGAUAGACGCGGCGAAAGGGCCCAGGUGAUCAGCCGCAAGUCGCAUAACGAGGAUCACCACCAUGGGCCAUCCUUUGCGGAUCAAGAGAAUGGCGAGGACGCAUCAAGGGACCUUUUGGAACUCAACACCAAUGCCCAAAAGGACUGGGCCGAGAUCGAGCAAGGGUUUCUGAAAAGCGUGUGCGACCAUCAGACUGAGGACGGUUCUGCCGACGCACUGGUGGAUCUGACGAACUUUUCACGUCUCCCACAGGCGCAGGGCCAGCAGGUCUUCAAGGGGUCCGCUAAUGGCCUGCAAGAAGAUGACGAAGUGCGUAAACUGAUCGACAGCGGUCCUGACAAGAACCGCGUUACUAUCGUCUUUAUGGGCGAUGGAUACACCCUGGACGAACGCGACAGGUUCUUUAGCGACAUGCAACGUCUUGUCGAUGAUAUGUUCGUUGGAGAUACCUUCAAGUCCUUCCUGCCCCUAUUUAAUGUCUAUGCUCUUUUUAGGCCAUCCAGAGAAAGCGGCAUUGGCGUCAAUGGCAAGUGGAAAGAUACCAGCUUCCGUCUCUACAGGGACGGCACGGAACUUCGCGGCAUCUAUGUCGCGGAUCCUCGCGCUGCCCGACAGGCUUGCCGUGCUGUUGGAAAAUAUGCCUGCGAUUUCCCCAGUUUGAUUGGCAAUGACCCGUACUACGGAGGUCUCGGGGGAGAGUUUGUCAUUUCUACCAGCUCAAACAAAUCAGGCACCGUUGUUUUGCGCCAUGAGCUUGGCCAUAGUCUCAUCAACGUCGGCGAAGAAUAUGACGGCGGAUACGUGUACUCGGGCGUCAAUGCUGAGCGCUGGAGUAUUCAAAACAUCAAGUGGAAGCAUUGGCUCACCGACGCAAUUCCCCGCGAGGAAAAGAAUGUUCUACGCGCUCAGGAUUACGCCUGGUAUGACCUGAAAAAGGGCCCCUACAAAGUCAAGUUCAACUCGGACGGGCAAUGGAAGCGCUGGAGUCUCAAGAUCUCUCACUCAGGAGUCGACACGGAUGACUCCUUUGAGGUUUAUCUGGAUGGCAAGCGGCUCAACUGGACCACACCCGGCGGCUAUGACCGCGAUUUUUCGGAAUGGGCAGGCGAGGAGGGCUUCAGUGCUGGUCCUCACGAGAUCGAAUUCCGCCAGGGCGCCAAGUAUGACAACGAGCCUUUAGAUCCUUCUAGACCUAUCCGUCAGCUCUGCUCUGUUACAAUGCACGAGUUCAUGGGCGAGGACCUGUACCGCUUCGACAAUAGCGUCAUCUCUGCCUAUCCCACUUACGAUAUUAAUGGCCGCAAGACAUGGAGGAGCAACCAUGAGCACUGCUUGAUGCGCAACAUGGCUUCGACUCAGUUCUGUUCCGUCUGCAAGGAAGGACUCUGGCAUCGUCUUCUGGGCAAAGCCAGUUUGCUGGACGGGAUCAACGUGGAUUGUCAGCGUGACGAUGAUGAGAAGGAGAUUUCUUCCUUUGCAAUCGAGGCCAAGGUAAUUCCCCUGGGCCAGUUCCGUGAUAAUCUCUCCCAACGUAUUGACGGUGAGGCAUACACUGCUCGCUGGCUCAAGAACGGAGAGCACCAGCCAGAGUUCGACGACGAGUUCAGGAUCGAGGUGCCCGGAUCAGAGGAAGGUAUCUGGGAAAUCAAGAUAGAUUUCAAGACCCCAGAAGCCCGCAAGGAUCCACGCGGGUUGUUGAAGGCCAGCAAAGUGUUUGUUGUUGCCAAAAGACUGUGUACACAGUGAGCAUGGCCUCUUGUUUUGCGCCCCUUUAUUCGUGCAUCGUUCAAAUAAAGGCAGCUAUUUAUUUCUUCGGGCUCUCCUGCGUGCUACCAUCUUUCG